AUGAGUCAAUGGACCUACCGCUUGAUUUCAGAUGGGAACAGGGAGAUGCCAGCUGUGAAGUCCUGUGUGACCUGUGGAGAUUCCUACUGCAGGACCUGCAUCACUCCUCACUACACUGAUCCAGAUCUGGAGAGACAUCAGCUGCAGGACCUACAGCAACAGGAGCAACAGGCUCUCUGCACUGAGCACAGACGAGAGCUGGAGUUCUUCUGCAGGACCGACCAAACAGCAAUCUGCUCACGAUGUUUACUCCACAGACAUAAAGGACACGAUGCCAUUGAGCAGGUACCGAAGAGCAGCAUCGUAACAAAAGGAGGUGUUCCUCCUCCUGACCAACUCCAGUUCGCCAAAGUGUCUCCAGUGUCAGUGACGUUACGAUGGUCUCCACCUGAAGGCGUUCCUGGUCCACACAGGUACAACAUUAUCCGGAGACGAGGCCAGGACCAUUGCAGCCUUAGAACAUCAAACUCUGAGGUGGAGGUGACUGGUCUUCAUCCAGGACAGAAGUACCACUUUAGUGUGGCCACCCUGAGCCAAGAUGGCCAGCAGAGCACACCUAUAGAGAGAUUCAUACACACAGAGCUUCCACCACCAGAUAAUCUGACUGUAGCAGCAGACUUAUCAGGAGUUACUGUGAAGUGGACCAAACCAGAGGGAGUAGACCAGGUGUCUUACCUGCUGGAGCUGUUCAGGGAGGACCAGGAGGAACCACUGAAGAUUCCAGUCCCAGAACACCUUUCUGUGAACUUCAUCACUGCAUCAACUGCUAGAAUUGUCUGGCAGGUGCCUACUGAGAUGCAGAAGACUGCACACGGCUUCCUGGUCUCUUACCGGAGUCGAGGGACUGCGCCAAAGUUCAUGUCUACUGAGUCCUGCAGCACUGACAUCACACUCCUGCAACCAGGAACUGACUACACUGUUAGAGUCUACACUGAGCUCCAACAUGGAGGAAAGAGCCAGCCUGCUUCUACUGACAUGAGUACAGGAAUCACCCUCUCUGAGCUGCUGUCUGAAUUGGGCCUAGAGGAUCAGCAGGGAGGAAAGCUCACUCUCAGCUCAGUCCUGGAGAUCAACAGUUACACACUGUCUGAUACACCACCACAAGGUCUACACCAGCUGCCAUUGACUUUCUUAAAGAAACUCAUAAUGUCCAAUUUAAAGGCAAGAAACACCCAGUGUUCACAAAACCAAGCAAUGCAUAGUUGUGAUUUUAGAGAGGAUAAUGUUGACAGUGACGCUAUGAAUCCUUUAGAUGUGAUCACUGCCCUUUUCCACUGCGCAGAUCCUUUCCUCCAGCAGGAAAUGGUCUCCAAAAUGUCUGUGUGUCAGUUUGCUGUUCCUUUACUACUGCCAAACUGUGACACAAAGAAGAGUACACUGAUGCUGUGGGCCAUGAGAGAUAUAGUUAAAAACUACAAACCUCAUUCAGGUGAAGGGGCAUUUGUAGAAGGCAGGAUAGUUGAACUGGAAAUCCCCAUGGUGUCUUUUGUUAGGGUAGGAAAGAGCAGCUUGCCUAAAUCUCAAACUCUGAACAGAUUGCUCAGCAAUUCUUCUCAACACAGUGAAGCAUUCAUCCAUCAUGACAUGCCAUGUGGUGAUGUGCCCAGGAAGAUAUCAAAUGGAUUGGUUGAAGUCAGCUGGUAUCUGCCCUCUGGGAAUAAAAACAUUGACAUAUUCACACAGCCAGUGAACAUAGCUAACCUGAGAGGAGACAGCAAGUCGUUUGAAACUCAGGUGUCAUUCCUGUGUCAGACCUCAGCAGCUGUUUUCAUCUUCAGUGAUGAUCUGGAGGGUGACGACCUGAGUGCAUUCACCAACACAGAGAAAAAAGCAGAGCUGUUCCUGGUCACCAGCUCUCAGAGGGAGGAUAUUGUGGAUAAACUCAAGGAGACUUGCAGACAACACAAUGUCAAAGAGGAACAUGUGAUCGUCAGAAAAAAGCGAAAUGAGUCUGAAUUUGUCGAAAUCUUGCGACUUCUUGUAAAGGACUUUGUUGAAAGUAAUUUUGUGAAAACCAACAUGUUAAACUUGCCCUAUACAGCUCAACAGAUUUUAGUAGAUGAGAACUCCAGUGAAUGCAGGAAUGCCAGACAAAAUGCUGAAGGAAUCAGUGCAAUGGUGAAGAAUGUUGUGGAGUUUAAGGAGGAGCAGCUGCCUUUGCAUGGAGCCAUCUGGAAGGAAAUCAGCUGGUUGGAGAAAGAGAGAUGCGUAAUGAGGAAGGCCAAUAGAGAGCAAGAAUUAGAAGAUUACAGGAGUUCACUCAAUACAAAAGAAUUGGAACUGAGAGAAAAACAGCACCAGAGAGCUUUAUCAGAAGUAAUGGCUAAGUUUAUUACUGGAAUCUCACAACCAAGAAAAGAGCGCCUGUAUUUCCUGACAUGGCUGAAGAUGAAGCUAGACACCCUCACCAGACAAAACCUGUCCACACUGCGACAGCAGUACAAAGACUGUUGUAGUGAAAAUCCACAGAACAAGGAGCAAAUCAAAAAGUUAGACGAGCAUAUCUCGAACUGCUCGUUGGGUCCUGAGCACUUUUUCAGAGAGCUUGGACAGGUUUAUGAGUGUGCUUGCUCCCUUCCACAAGAUGACCUAGCGAGACAACGAGUCCAGAAUUUUCCUGGUCUGUGUGCUCAGAUGCUUCUGGAUGGAUUUCCAGUGGAGCUGGUGGAUGGAGAUGCUUCAAACAUCCCAAUGAAGUGGAUAUCAGCGGUCCUGACUGAGCUGCAUCAGCUGGUGGACACCAAGAGCAGGAUCCUGGUGUUGACUGUGCUGGGGGUGCAGAGCACUGGGAAGUCCACCCUUCUCAACACCAUGUUUGGGGUGCAGUUUGCUGUCAGCAGUGGACGAUGCACCAGAGGAGCCUUCAUGCUGCUGAUGGAGGUCUCUGAGGAACUCAGACCGGCGCUAAACUCUGACUUCAUCAUGGUCAUAGACACAGAGGGUCUAAAAUCAGCUGAGCUGGCAGCAUUGGACACAAGCUAUGAACACGACAACGAACUUGCUACCCUGGUGAUAGGGCUCAGUGACAUCACCAUGAUCAAUGUUGCCAUGGAGAACAACCAAGAGAUGAAAGAUGUUCUACAGAUUGCGGUCCAUGCCUUUCUGAGGAUGAAGGAGGUUGGGAAGAAGCCCAUAUGUCUGUUUGUGCAUCAGAAUGUGUCAGACAUGUCUGCUCAUGACAAAAACAUGAGAGAUCGGAAUAAGCUGGUGGAGCAGCUCAAUGAGAUGACUCAGGCAGCAGCUAAGAUGGAGAAAAAAGAAGCCAACACAAAGUUCACUGAUGUGAUGAAAUAUGAUCCUGACAAAGACAGUUACUACAUCCCUGGACUUUGGCAUGGAACUCCCCCAAUGGCCCCAGUGAAUACUGGCUACAGUGAAGCUGUGUAUGAACUUAGGGAGAAUUUAAUUGGUCUCUUUAAAUCUGACAAGGAAAUGCGCCACAGAAAUGCAGAAGAGUUUAAGGAAUUGACUGACAGUUUGUGGAAGUCCGUAAAAUUUGAAAACUUCAUCUUCAACUUUAGAAACAGUUUGGUGGCUGAUGCCUACUUGGAUUUAUACACUCACUACAACAAGUGGGAGUGGGCAUUCCAAUCAGAGAUGAACAAAUGGCUCAUUGCCAAGACAACGGUGAUAUCCAAUUUUGGAGUGACUAAAAAGAAUGUCCAAAUCAGUCAAUUACAGACUACACUCAGGGACAUGUUGCAUGAGGCCUCAGUCAAAUUAGAUGGAGAACAGCAGAAGAUUCAGGACAACCUUCAGCAGUACUUUAAGCAAAAUGACAACAAGGUCCAUUUAGUGGAGAAAUACAGACAGGAAUUUUGUACCAGUGCCAAAAAUAUCAGACAACAGACAGAGCAUUCUGUGAGACAAUCUUUAGAGCAAGCUGUUGAAAUCAGAAAAGGUAUGGAAAAGGUGAACACAAUCAAGGACAAGCAAACCGAGACAAUUGAGAGAAAGGUCUUAGAGCUCAUUAAACAAUGUAAAGAAAGAGGCACUGACUUACCUGAGGAUGAGCUAAGGGGGGAAUUUGACAAAAUGUGGACAAAGAGCAUGUCUGAGCUGUCAACUAUUCCUUUACAACAGACAGAUGUUCAUCAGAAUGCUUUUUAUCUAGUGAUGGAAAAUUUGAGUGCAAAGAGUGGACGUGUCUCUGAAAUACUCAGCCAGAUCAAUCUGAAAACUAGUGGACAGGGGAAGUUUACAGUUAAAGAAGACUGGUUUUCAAGCUGGGAUGACAGAGGAAAAAGAAUCCUUAGUGCCAUUAGAUAUGCUGAUAAAACACAUUUCCUUCAAAACAAACAAGAUAUCUGUAAUGACAUGAUAACUGAAUGCCGCAAUCUGGUAAAAGAUCACACUGAUGCCAUGAAGAGAGACAACAUAGAUUACAGUGACACAUACAUCAAAGAGCUUUGCAAAUGUAUUGAUGACAAAAUAACCAGGGACAAGAUUUCUGAUGAGUGUGAAACUUAUCUUAAAAUUCACGUCAUCGGCUUUGCAGCACGUGACUUUCAGAAAGCCCAUGACGAGUUCAGGUCCAACAAUGAUCCGCAAGAGCAUUUAAAACGGUCUAGAGACACAUUUCUUGACUCAUUCUUAGCUCGUUUUCACGAAGAAGACCAAUUUUUGAAGAAAGCUAAACAAUUCAGUGAAGGAUUUCAGUACUAUGUUUCUAAACACCUCGGCCAGGCAAUAGCAAACGAAAUAAAGACAGGUGAUGGGGAAGUGAUCUACAACACACAGACUAACUUCCAGUUUGCAGUUUUAAAACAGCUCCUUGAGGAACAUUCUUUCGAGAAGUACAAGAAAUACACAACAUCAUAUGAGGCAUUUGUGAAGGACUCAAUAAAGCAACACACCAUCCAGAGAAUGUUUACAAGUGGCCGGCUGCCUCAAUUACAGAAACAGCUCCUCUCUGAUAUUGUGAGCAAAAUAAAUCAUGCCAUAUCCAGCCCUGCAGGGGCGGCAGGAAGGGGCAUAAAGGAUUUUAUACAUCAAUUCUGCUCUGCCCUUCAGGAUCAGCUGACAAUCCCAAGAGACGCCUACAACAAAUUUCUGUUUCUCCUUAUUCUCCUUAGUGCUGAUAUGGACCAGUUUACCUCCAACCUCAAAGAGUUCAUCAAGGAUAUGGAGGAGUCUUUAACUCAGGACUACGAACGACGAAUUAGUCAUAAAGAUAUCAUUGUCAGAAUUGAGCAGCUGCCCUCUAAACCCCAUGAUCAGCUCUUCUACUAUGUCAGUGGAUGUGGACACCAGUGUCCCUUCUGUGAGACACCCUGUAAUGCAGGAUGUAGGUCCCAUACAAAACACGAGUCCAGCAUGCACAGACCUGAAGGUCUUGGACGCUAUUCGUGGGUUGAUUCCAAUAAACUAGUGAUAGAGAUAUGCACAACUUUAGUGAUCAGUGAUUGCAAAUUUAAGAAUUUUAGAACAAAAGGAGAAUGGCACCCCUAUAAGCAGUACAGAGAGAUCUACCCAGACUGGGACAUAGCAGGAGAUGCCAGCAGUGAGGCCUCAGACUACUGGAAAUAUGUGAUGAAGGAGUUCAACAAGGAACAGGCUGAAGCUUUCAAGGCAGAACCUGCAGACAUCCCAGAUGAGUGGAAGAGGCUCACAAAAGAAGAUGCACUGAGAGGCCUGAAGAAAACAUUUAACAUGGAGUAGAACAGCAAUGACAACACACGUGCCGUGGUGUCUAUGAAAAGAAAUCACUAAUGAAUCUAAAGAGCAUGAAGGAUAGAGAAGUCUUUAGCUCAGGAGUAUGACAAUAGACAGUCUGGAGUACAACACAAUAGACAGUAAUGGCCUCACUGAGAUACGUAAUUGAGCAGCUGCUCACAAUAAAGAACUUGCAGACAUCCCAUUAUGACUAAAAGAGGCUGAGAGAUUGAGACACUCUGACAGGCCCGAGGAAGCCAUUUAACAUGCAACAGUGCAGAAAUAACAACAGUUUGUAAUUAGUGACAGUGUAAAUAAAAGUUUUGUAAGUAAAUAAUGCUGAGGCGAUGCACAGUUCACAAGUUUGUUUAAAAAAUAGAGCUAUAUAAGAUCGUCUGUCUGCUUUACGGAUCAUGAAGACAAUGAAGGGAGUGGGGUUUUGGGACUUUUGUUUUAUUUGUUUUUUUAAUUAUUUGCUUUUGCUUUCAUCAAAUGAUAAUUCUGCUGAUUUCUUCACUCUGCUUUAUUUUGACAUUUUCCAUAAUCUAUGAGGGUAACGCCCCUUUGCAUGGACCCCUCAGCGUGCUUCAUUGCUUUAGUGUUGAUCCUCAAGAGAUGUUGAAAGACCAGAUGUUUUCUUACGACAGCCUGUUUUAUAGUUUGUUCCAAUCCAUAAGGGAUAUUGAUCUUUUCCUUUUCAUAGAUUAAGUACACACAGUUUUCAAAAAAUAACAAAAAGUCUGUAACAGGCGUGUUCACAUAUUACUCUCUGUAACUACAGUCAGUUCACACAUUUAAUAAACUAAGUUCUUUAUUGAAUACUAAAUCAUAUAGCAAUAACUUAACAAUGUCACUGUGAUUCCGAGGUGUAUGGAUUUAUUCAUAUCAUACUGGAGAGGUAAUUUGAAGUAUGACACAUCUUUAUAUAGGCCUAUUACUCUCUGGAACUACAGGCAAUUCACACAUUUAUUCAUGUUUUUAUUGCAUCAUAUCGUAUAAGUAAUUAGUUGUAACCCUGCGUUGCUCAGAAUCUGAUGUGUAAUAAUCCUGUUGUAUUCAUAUCUAAUGAUCAAAUCAAAACAAUAAUACUGA